GCUUGUUUUUCCCGUCACAUCUCUAUAAGCAUGGCGUUAGUGAAUAUGUCAUCCAGGGGUUUUUUCAUGUAUUUUGCUUAUGGCAGUAAUUUACUGAAAGAGAGACUACAACUGAAAAAUCCAUCAGCUGUGUUUCACUCCGUCGGCAGGAUACAGGACUACAGGCUGGAUUUCGGUCUUUGGGGCGACUGCACGGACUGCUCUUGGCACGGUGGAGUCGCAUCCAUACAGGAGAGUGAAGGGGACGAGGUGUGGGGGGUCGUGUGGAGGAUAGACGACCAAAACCUGCCCAGUUUAGACCGACAGGAACAGGUUCAUGAAGGAGUGUAUAGCCCAUUAGAGGUCAAAGUAGAGACAAAAGAGGAGCUGGUACUCUGCCGGACGUACAAGAUGAACAAUUUCAGACCCUGUCCAACUUCACCACAGUAUAAAAAGGUUGUGUGUUUAGGGGCUCAACGGAACGGCUUGCCUCAAAAUUACAUUCAGAAGCUUUUGGCAUUGGAGACAAACAACUACAGCGGCACUUCCAUACUGGACCAGAUUACAGACAUCGAGAAAUGACCUGUGGGAACUUAUGCUUAUUUUUACCUUAUUUA